CCCACUUCAACGAGCAAACGGAAACGACUACGCAAGUGACGUAGAAUGUCCCAGGAAAUAUCCUGCUGUGUCUCAAUUAGAAGCGCAGAAAGUCAUUCAAGAUGGUGUUAGAAAGUAUCUCCAAGAUUAUCAAAACGCAACUUCCAGCCUACCUCAAGAAUCUACCCCUUCCAGACACAAUCGGCGGCUUUGCGAGACUCACAGUUUCAGAGUGGUUGCGGCUCCUGCCCUUACUGGGGAUUUUGGCUCUGUUGGGUUAUCUGACCAUCCGGCCCUUCCUGCCCAAAAAGCAAAAGCAAAGAGACAGUCUAAUAAAUCUGAAGAUCCAAAAAGAAAACCCUAAAGUGGUGAAUGAGAUCGACAUAGAGGACCUGAGGACUCCAAAUGUUUGCUACUGCCGAUGCUGGCGAUCUAAAACGUUUCCUGUUUGCGAUAAAUCACACAUAAAGCAUAACGAGCUGACGGGAGACAACGUUGGUCCACUUAUUCUUAAGAAGAAGACUCUGUAGCCCUCCUGCUUUGGCCCAUAUUAAAUACAUAUUUUCUCCACUGAAAAACCUACUGUAAUUUAGUUUGUUGUACUUCCUCAAAACUAUUUACAACUUUUUAUUGUGGUGUAGAGACGCACAGAGCUGUAAAUUUUGACUUUAAUGCUCAAGAUGUCGUGGUUGAUCUGAGAGAUUAAUUGGUGACACUUUUACAAUAAGGUUCCAUUAGUUAAUGUAUUGACUAACAUGAACAAACAAUGAAC